AUGCAGGACCCAGAGAAAAUUCCUACCACUGGCAAGCUGGUGCUGACAUUCACGACCGACGCAUGUGAGGGGAAGGAAAACUUUGUCCCCUACCUGGAGCAUGUCCAAGUGGUUGUCACGGUCAACGUGACCAGGAGAGGGGACCUGGACAUCAACAUGACGUCCCCCACGGGCACCAAGUCCAUCCUGCUGAGCCACUGCACCCGAGACUACUACGCCAAGGUGGGCUUUGACAAGUGGCCUUUCAUGACCACCCACACUUGGGGGGAGGAUGCCCAGGGCACCUGGACCCUGGAGCUGGGCUUCGUGGGGUGUGCACCCCAGAAGGGGGUGUUGAAGGAGUGGAUGCUGAUGCUGUAUGGCACACAGAGUGCCCCCUAUAUUGACCAGGUGGUGUGGGAUCACCAGUCCAAGCUGGCCAUGUCCAAGAAGGAGGAGCUAGAGGAAGAGCUGGGCGAGGCCAUGCAGGGAAGCCUGAAGAGCAUCCUGGGCAAGGACUAG